AUCCUCUUCCUUCCCUUUCUCCUGACUCAACCAUCAGCCUCAUUUCUUCUUAACCCCUGGUAUGACCUUUAUGAUUAUGAUGAAGUAGUGAAGUGAAAUUCUUCUGAAAUCGACGCUUUCUCAACCCGAACUCUACUCACCCCCUCCAUUGCUUCUUGCGGCAUCAUGGCUUCCCGGCCGAUCAUUUUGAGAUUCGAGAGCCGCAACGGCCAAUUCCGACUGACAGUCAGCCCUCAGGACUUAUUUCCUACUCUCCAGCAGAAGAUUGUCGAACAUCUGCCUCCCAGCACGGAUCCCGCAUCGAUCAUUCUCUCCAACAAGCCCGUAGGUACUGGUGGUGAAGAGAGGCUCCUGAAGACCCUUGAUGGGGUGGCGAUCGAGAGGGUUGGUCUCAAACAUGGAGACAAGCUCUUUCUCGGAUAUGACGAGACACAAGGACAGCAAAAUGGGCCCGUCAAUGGAUCCUCUGCCGCCACUGAGUCCUCUCGACGCCUGAACGGUGCACCGAUUCCACAAAACGAUACUGUCACAUUCCGCCCACCGCAACCGACCUCCCCAACCACUGUGAUCAAGAACCCCUGGGAUGUCGUACAACAAUCGCCGCUCGAUGAUGCUCUGGAUAAGAAGGAUGGCAAGAUUCACCGACCCCGCGACAUGAAGAUGUGUCGACAUGGGCCCAAGGGCAUGUGUGACUACUGCAUGCCGCUCGAGCCAUACGACCCGAAAUAUCUCGCUGAAAAGAAGGUCAAGCAUCUCUCCUUCCAUUCGUAUCUACGAAAGCUCAACGCAUCCACCAACAAAGCGGAGCUCAAGAGCUCAUUCAUGCCCCCGCUGAAUGAACCUUACUACCGCGUAAGACGAGACUGCCCGUCCGGACAUCCUCAGUGGCCGGAGGGUAUCUGCACCAAGUGCCAGCCGAGUGCCAUCAGCCUACAGCCGCAGGAGUUCCGAAUGGUGGACCAUGUCGAGUUUGCUCACUCGGACCUUGUCAACUCGUUGCUUGACUUCUGGCGAAAGUCGGGGGCUCAGCGGUUGGGAUUCCUGUAUGGGACAUACGAAGAGUACACGGAAGUUCCGCUGGGAGUCAAGGCAGUGGUGCAGGCCAUCUAUGAGCCCCCACAGGUAGAUGAGAUUGACGGAGUCACGCUGCACGAGUGGCACAACGAGAAGGAAGUCGAUGAGGUGGCACGACUCUGUGGUAUGGAGAAGAUUGGAGUGAUAUUCACGGACUUGCUUGAUGCGGGCAAUGCAGACGGAUCAGUAGUCUGCAAGCGGCACAUCGAUUCCUACUACCUUUCCUCCCUUGAGAUCGCUUUUGCAGCACGUCUACAGGCUCAGAACCCCAAGGCAACGAAAUGGAGCCGGACGGGCCGUUUCGGAUCCAACUUCGUCACCUGCGUCCUCAGCGGAGACGAGCAGGGAGCUAUCACAGUCAGCGCCUACCAGGCCUCCGUGGCCGCGGUUGAGAUGGUCCGAGCCGACAUAGUUGAGCCCUCCGCCGAGCCAUCGGUGAUGCUGGUCCAGUCUGAGGACGAUGACGAGCAGAACAAAUCCCGAUAUAUCCCCGAAGUCUUCUACCGCAAGAUCAACGAAUACGGCGUUAGUGCCCAGCAGAACGCCAAACCCAGCUUCCCUGUGGAAUAUCUCUUCGUGACAUUGACCCAUGGUUUCCCCACCGAAUCCUCCCCUCUCUUCACCGACAGCACCUUCCCCAACGCGAACCGCGAAGUCAUCGGCGAGAGCCAGGAACUGCGCAAUGUCGCAAAGAAGCUCGUCUCGCAUGGUGACCCAGAGAAGGCUAUUCGUGCCGUUUCAGAUUUCCAUCUUCUGUGCUUCCUGCACAACCUAUCUACCUUUAGCAAAGACGAAGAAUCCCUCCUCUGCCGCGUCGCAACCUCCCGUAACCCCGCCGACGGUCUGCAGCUGAUCAAUACCCCCGGCUGGGCGACCCUGGUCACAAUUCUUCAGGAAAGUGCCUAGAAUGAGGCGGUUAAUUUUGGAUUUUCCGAUGUCGAAUGGGAAAUACGAAUUACCUUGCAACUUCCCCCUCCGUCCGGCCUCCUCUCGGUUGUUUUGUGUCCGCCUGCGUCCGCUCUCUGUCCAUCCCCUUUCUCCUCCUCUCCCUCUCGAGAUCAUCUGCGGUGGAGGAAGUUGAAAUCGUGAGCGACCUUUAGCAUGUCCGCUGUUUGAUCCAGGUCCCGUCUGGUUUGGGUUGAUGAUCUGGGCCUUGAGGUUCAAAAUGAUAUUGGUGGCUUGGGGAGGGGGCUCGUGGAUGGGAUAAUGGAUGGAAUUAAGUUCACGGCGAGGCUGGAGAAGCAGGAGAGCGGCUGCUAUGACUUCCGUAUCUAGGAUAUAGUUCCACAUAAGCAUGAUUCAAUCCCAUCGACAUACGGGCU